AUGGGCUGCGUUCGAAGUUCGGAGGAGAGGAGUUUGGCCGUUUGGGGAUUAGGGUUCUCCAGUUUUCAGAGAGAGAAAGAGAAGGGUGGGGUCUGGGAUGGUAAAUACGGGGCCGCCAACCCUCACAUUCACUCUGCGCUCUCUACUCUCAAAAUCCACUCCCACUCUCGCAACAACCAACACCUCCCACUCCCAACCUGCGUGAACCCCUUCCUCCCACCAUCCCCCUGUGCAGACGAACCCCUUCCUCUCACCACCUCCCAGCGCCGCCGAACCCUUCCAGCUUUCACACAGCGCCGCCGAACCCUUCGUCCCAGCACCUCCUCGCGAACAGCACCAGCCGACACCAUCGUCGCGGAGCCAGCACCACCCCCGCCGCCACCCAUAGCAUUGUUUCUGGCCUCACGGAGACGCGGACAACACCCACCACCCAGCCACCGAGUCAAAGUCAGAUAUAGAGCCUCCAAUUCAGGUUGGAUUGCGUUGAGAAGUUUAGCUGUUUUGUUAGAGAAGGCACCAUAACUUUGCUAUCUUUUAAUGGAAAU